AACUAUUCUGUUUCUGUUCUUUUGACUUUCCAACGGGUGUAAUAUUCAUUAGAAUUCGUUAUUCUCUAUAAAACGGCUUCACAUACACAAUCACAAAACUCAGAAUAAGUUGAAAGUUCUUCGUACUUGGAUUCCAUUUCGCUGAUUCUACAGCUCCGCCUCGCUCCUUCUCAUUUCCCUCUCUUCUCUCGGCCAUGAAGCAACGUAGCCCCAAGAAAAUCUCCCUUAAAUGGAUCCCGUUUAUCUGCAUCUCCUUCUUCAGUCUCGGAAUUCUCGUCAGUAACAGGCUGUGGGUUCCACCGGAAUCCAACGGUCAGCUCGCCUUACAACAUCGACGUGAGCAGGAGUUGCAGAAUGUCUCCGAGAAUUGCGAUACUAAGAAAAAGCUUGCUCAAGAUAAUGACGUAAUGGGUGAAGUUUUGAAAACCCACGAAGCAAUUCAAUAUUUGACGAGGCGUCACAGAUCUUUAGACAAGUCAGUUGCAAUGCUUCAGAUGCAGUUAGCUGCAUCACGUAGUUCUCAGGAAAUGGAGGACUUGGAUGCCUCCAGUGCUGUCUCAACCUUGGCUCGUGAUGGCCCGCAGAGGAAGAAAGUUUUCACGGUCAUUGGAAUUAACACUGCUUUUAGUAGUAGGAGGCGGCGUGAUUCUGUCAGAGAGACUUGGAUGCCACAAGGGGAAAAGCUUUUUCAGUUGGAGCGCGAGAAGGGGAUUAUCAUCCGUUUCAUGAUUGGCCACAGUGCAACAUCCAACAGCAUUUUAGAUAGAGCUAUUGAUUCAGAGGAUGCUCAGCAUAAGGACUUCCUUAGACUGGAGCAUGUUGAAGGAUAUCAUGAAUUAUCAGCAAAAACAAAAAUGUUCUUUUCUACUGCAGUUGCAAAAUGGGAUGCUGAGUUCUACGUCAAGGUGGAUGAUGAUGUCCAUGUUAAUCUUGGUAUGCUAGCUGCAACUCUUGGCCGUCACCGUUCCAAGCCCAGAGUCUAUAUAGGGUGCAUGAAAUCUGGACCUGUACUUUCUCAAAAGAAUGUCAAGUACCAUGAACCAGAGUACUGGAAAUUUGGAGAGGAGGGGAACAAAUACUUUCGACAUGCAACUGGGCAGAUAUAUGCAAUUUCAAGGGAUCUGGCAACCUACAUCUCCAUAAAUCAGCCUAUAUUGCAUAAGUAUGCUAAUGAAGAUGUGUCCCUUGGCUCGUGGUUUAUUGGCCUUGAGGUUGAGCACAUAGAUGAUAGGAAUAUGUGCUGUGGGACUCCACCAGAUUGUGAGUGGAAGGCACAAGCCGGCAACAUUUGUGUUGCAUCAUUUGAUUGGAGCUGCAGCGGAAUCUGCAAAUCAGUGGAGAAGAUUAAAAUUGUUCAUGAAAGGUGUGGUGAAGGGGAUGCUGCGGUUUGGAGCACUUUAUUCUAAAAUGGGAAAGUUUUCUUUGGACAAAUAAGAUUAAACACGUGUGGUUGAUGAUCGAGCAGAGGCAGUAACGGUGCAUCUGGUUUCCAUACAUAUCUGCAGAGUGCAAACACAUUUCCUCAACAUAAUACGAAAAAUGAAGGCGAAGACAUUAUUCACGUGGUAGAUAGGAGCUGUUUGAUCGGAAAAGUUUAUAGUAGCAUUCAACAUAUCUUCCAAUUCAUUUUUUUUGGGUUGAAGAGGAUAUGAUAUGAUAGUAUUUAUAUACAAAAAUUGUUAUAGUUUUUCCAUUUUUCUCAUUUUGCAUAGAAAUUAAAUGUGAUACGUAAGAGUGUUGUAAAAUGGUGGUCCAAACGCCAAAAGAUAAUGUAUGGCCACUUUCAUAGAAGCUAGUAAAAUGUUGAUGCUGCUACAGUUUUUAAAUAUUUUUAGCUUUGGAAUUCAAACGUAAAGU